AUGCAGACACAAAGAAACAGGAGAGGAUAUAUACAACACUUCAUGAACUGUAAGCAUCUGUGGCUGAAUGAGCUGAAGAAGCUCGCUCGUGACUUGAAGAACCCGUAUCUCCUAAAAGAAAACGUCCCUGAAUACCCCCGCCCCGAGUUUCACGUGUCUCAGCUGAAACACGACACAGAGCGAGGGGCUUUAUGUUGGAUCAGGACAGACGGCGGCUUCAAGGAUCCUCACAGAGGCUUCAGGGAUCCACACAAAUGGUCCCUGGUGUGGUGGAGUCUGGCUGUGGGGCCCGAGGAGAUCCAGGCGGCCGAGACGAGGCUCCUGGAGAAGACCUACCCAAACCGGAUGAAGGAGCAGGCCGCGAAGCAGCAGAGCUUCCUGUGGAGAUUUGCCACCUCUCCGGCCUUCAGUGAGAAGUCCAGGUAUGGAUCGUACCGCUUCACCUUCCCCCUGCAGGACGUGCUGACCGCCUACAGCCAGCAGUUCUGCUUCGGAGCUCCGCCCAUCAUGAGAGUGUUCAGAACCUGCCUGUUCAAAAAGAAAGUGCAGUACUCUGUGUUGGUCCACAGCCCAGCCAAUCAGGAGCUCUUCUCAGAGUUUCCAUUACUUCCUGGUAAUGACCCGAACGCUGUCUGCGCAUACAGAGACGGACGCUUCAUCUGGAGGUCGGAGGCCAUGUGUGAGACACACAGGUUCGAGCUGAUCCGCAGACCUGAUGCAAGUCAGAUGGACUCUCUGGAGCUGUUUGGACAGCCUGAGUUUUAUCUUUGGGAUAAUGUUGCCAUUGCCCUGCAUGUGGAGAACGGACAGGUACUGAAGUUUGAUUCUGACCAACUGAGAGAGAACCUGAAAUUCUGUGAACCAGACAGACCCACAAUCACACCCAACUUCUAUUUUGAUCAUUUUGAAAAUGCUAAAAUCUUGGUUAACCAAUUGUGGCCCGACUCAGACUCCCUGCUGGAGGAGGAGCCUUCACUCAAGCUCAGUUUCAAAGGUACGCAGGUAUUACAGUCAAACUACACCUCAGCUGUCCACACGAGGUUCCUGACAUCCUGGGACCAGCUGGGAAUCCUCUUCAACAGUGGCUCAGAGAUUUAG